GCCCUGCCUGGUUUGCCGCGGCCCGCCUGGCUCUCCGCGCAAGUUUUCUGGUUAAGAUGGCGGCCCCUGUGGUGGCGCAGGCCUGGAAACUACUGAGAGACCUGGCGCUCCGGUCCCCGCUCCUGGCGGCCAGGUCCCAGGUGGUUCAGUUAACCCCCAGAAGAUGGUUGAACCUGCACGAAUACCAGAGCAAGAAACUAAUGUCUGACAACGGAGUGAAAGUUCAAAGAUUCUUUGUAGCAGACACUGACAAUGAAGCUCUGGAGGCUGCUAAGAGACUAAAUGCAAAAGAAAUUGUUUUAAAAGCCCAGAUCUUAGCUGGAGGAAGAGGAAAAGGUGUCUUCAGUAGCGGUUUGAAAGGAGGCGUUCAUUUAACAAAAGAUCCUAAAGUUGUGGGACAGCUGGCUAAACAGAUGAUUGGGUAUAAUCUAGCAACAAAACAAACUCCAAAAGAAGGUGUGAAAGUUAACAAGGUGAUGGUUGCUGAAGCCUUGGACAUUUCUAGGGAAACCUACUUGGCCAUUCUGAUGGACCGGUCCUGCAAUGGCCCUGUGCUGGUGGGCAGCCCUCAGGGGGGCGUUGACAUCGAAGAGGUGGCAGCUUCGAAUCCAGAACUUAUUUUUAAGGAGCAAAUUGACAUUAUUGAAGGGAUAAAGGACAGCCAAGCUCAGCGGAUGGCCGAAAAUCUAGGCUUCUUUGGGCCUUUGAAAAACCAGGCUGCAGAUCAAAUUAAGAAGCUGUAUAAUCUCUUCCUGAAAAUCGAUGCUACUCAGGUGGAAGUGAAUCCCUUUGGUGAAACUCCAGAAGGACAAGUUGUCUGUUUUGAUGCCAAGAUAAACUUUGAUGACAAUGCAGAAUUCCGACAAAAGGACAUAUUUGCUAUGGACGACAAAUCAGAGAAUGAACCCAUUGAAAAUGAAGCUGCCAAAUACGACCUAAAAUACAUAGGACUGGACGGGAACAUUGCCUGCUUUGUGAAUGGUGCUGGACUCGCCAUGGCUACCUGUGACAUCAUUUUCCUGAAUGGUGGGAAGCCAGCCAACUUCUUGGAUCUUGGUGGUGGGGUAAAGGAAUCUCAAGUAUAUCAAGCAUUCAAAUUACUCACAGCUGAUCCUAAGGUUGAAGCCAUCCUAGUCAAUAUUUUUGGCGGCAUCGUCAACUGUGCCAUUAUUGCCAAUGGGAUCACCAGAGCCUGCCGGGAGCUGGAACUCAAGGUGCCGCUGGUGGUCCGGCUUGAAGGAACCAAUGUCCAUGAGGCCCAGAACAUUCUCAGUAACAGCGGACUCCCCAUUACUUCGGCCGCCGACCUGGAGGAUGCAGCCAAGAAAGCUGUGGCCAGCGUGGCUGAGAAGUGAUGUCUUUGUCCUGAUCCCUUGGAAGAAGAAGUGCAUUUACCCAUAAAAAGUAAUGGUUUUCUCAUCACUGUGAAGAAAAUGGUUAUCCCACUGGGGAAAAAACGGAGAAGGAAGGAGCAAGAAUCACUGUAAAAAAAACUCCAAUCUGUAUUUUCUUGAAUAUCUAAACAGCCUAAAUAAUCUGAUUUCUCUUAUAGUCUUCAUUAAAUUAAUGCCGUGCAUUCUAAUACUUCCCUGUCAUGGUGAGCUGGCUCCGUAGGCAUUAUUUUGCCAGCUUUGGGGAGCAGUCUUUGUGGCCAACCAGUGUGCAUGUGAGAUCAGGCCCUGGUUCAUUUACAACAAUUUUGGUGAACAUUUCGACCUGUGUAAUUAAAAAACACAAAACAAACAAACAAGCAAAAAAUCACAGGCUGUUAAAAAAAUCAGACAAGAUUACAUUACCAAAAGGUGCAGCUAAGACAUUGAAACAGAUAGGUGUUAUAAACUGCAACAGUUUUUACAAUUUCCAACUCCAACAUGUUUAGCAAAUCCAUAAAUAUUACAAAAUAUAUUUUACAAUGAAAGAUCUGCAGUCAGUACCCCAUACAUGUAAUCUACCAUUUGCCUUAAUAUUGAAUAUGCUGUUUACCUCCCACUAAAAAUAAAGCCAGAAGCCUUAUUUGUGAUUUUGGAGUAGAAGUGUCCCUUUUAAUAUCAAAACUGAAGAAGAUUGAUUCUUAUGGAAAUCUCUGACGCUCAUUUCAAGAUGAGACAACACUGAAAAUUAAAUUACACUGUGAGUGUCUCUGUCUUCUCUCCCCUCCCAUUUUCCCUCAGAAUCUACCACCUGGGAAAAUGUAAUUGGGAGAAUGCGGCUUUUUUGCAGUGUCCAUUUUUACGGUGGGAAUGCGAUUCAGGUUUUUGUUUAAAUUUUGGUAAAUUUUUAUCUGUACAGAAAUUCAAAUAAAAUCCUCUGUUUUGUAAACUCUAA